AUGUAAAAAUUACUAGAUCAUAAAUUAUUAAAAAAUGUGAAUGUUUUAUAGAAAUUUUUUAGUAAAGAAUUAAGAGUAAUACAAUAUGUUAUUUAAAUAGGAUUUUAAUGAUUUUUAAGAUUAUAUCAACAAAAUUAGUGAAUCAAAUACGAUUUUAAAUACAAUUAUGCUUACUGGAGUUUCAUUUGUAAAUAUGUUUUCAAAAUGUGUGAGUUUUGGUUCUUCUUAAGUUUUACCAAGACUUCCUGAUAAAUAAGAUCAAUGUUUUGAUGAAGGUAAAAUGUAUUUAUACUCAAUCUUAAGUUUUAAAGGAGAUGUUAUAGAAUAAAUAAUAAACUGAAAUAAUAUGUUCUGAUAUGUAGAAAAUAGUUUAAAAAUUGUUUAUGUAAUCUAAAUCACUUAUAAUCAGUUAAGAUAUUUUCAGUAAUAAAAUUAGAUGUAUUUAGUGA